UUUCUAUGGGAACCAGCACUUCCUGUUUUCGGCCUAAUUCCGCGGUGUCAGGUUACUCUCGGGGACGGGUUACCGGGUGAGAGAUCGCUGCGUCACCGGUGAAAGUUCAGACAGAGGGAGACCCCGGAGCCGCAGCUCAUCUGAUUAUCGCCCAGUAAGAGCCAUAUCUACGGGGAUGGAGAAGGUCGACAAGGUAGAAGGAAGAGGUCUUUAUGAAGCUGCCCCGGGUCAAGGCGAAGAGAAUCCGCAUCUCGUACCCACAGACCUGUCAGAGCUGCUCAAAGAGGGAACAAAGGAGUCUCACGAGAAGGCGGAGAACAACAAGUUUGUGAAGGAUUUCCUGAAGGGUCAUAUCAAGCCGGAACUAUUUAAGUUGGCCACUGUUGCACUGUACUACACCUAUUCUGCGCUGGAGGAGGAGCUAGACCGGAAUAAGGAGAACGCCGCCAUAGCUCCCCUGUAUUUCCCGCAGGAGCUACAUAGGACGGAAGCUCUGAAGAAAGAUCUCAGUUACUUCUACGGGGAUGGCUGGGAGGAUCUCAUCCAGUGCUCCAAGGCCACACAGGCCUACGUGGAACGGAUCCACCAUCUGGGUCACCACAGGCCGGAGCUGCUGGUGGCUCACGCCUACACACGCUACAUGGGGGACCUGUCAGGAGGUCAGAUCCUGAGGAAGGUGGCUCAGAGGGCCCUGCGCUUACCCAGCACCGAGGAAGGGAUCCAGUUCUACGUGUUUGAUAACGUCACUAACUUCCAACAGUUCAAGCAGCUGUACCGGGCCCGGCUGAACGCACUAGACCUGGACCCCGAGACCAAGGAGAGCAUAGUGGAGGAAGCAAAUGUAGCCUUCCAGUUUAAUGUGCAGGUGUUUGAGGAGUUGGAUAAAUUAGGGGCCUCAAUCCCAGACGAGGCGCAGGGAGCUGGUCUCCCACUGCAUGAUGGGAAAGGCGAUAUCCGCAAAUGCCCUUAUUAUGCUGCAAAGCAAGGCAUUGCCGGCCCGUCAGGGUGUCCAUACCACGCCGCACUGGCUCUAGUCAGACGCCCUGAGGUAAAAGCACUUCUAGCAGCCUGUGCCGCCGCCCUGGCUGCCUCCCUCGCCUGGUAUCUGAUGUGAUGCCGAACAUACUGCACACAGCAUGUCUUCGGGCUUUCAAAUGAAACGGGACAAGGAAUUUCCACAUGACAUGAAGGUCCCGCUGUUUCGGCUGCACAGCGGUCAACUCAGCCCACUGCUCCCUAUUACAUUCCCAGAAUCCCCUGUAACUCCCCCCCCCCCUCCCCCCCUUCAGCAAUCCUGGACUCCACAACCCGGCACAUAGUAGUCACCUGCCUCCACCUCACUGUGUGUCCGCUCCAUUCAUGGUCUAUACAAUGCUGUGAAGACAUCUUGCCUAAUCCAUAGACUGCUGGAACUGCCAAAGGGCUCUCAACAUGGUGUAUUAAGUACCAAACCCCUUUCAUGCCAGAAAGGGAGAUCACUGAGGGGAAUUAUCUUACCCUGCCUUGGCCAGGGGUCAGAGAGUACACUGUGGGCUAUUGUACAUUAGAAACCUCUGGCGCUUAAUGCAGUAUUGCACUCUAUAAGCACAGCAUGACGUAACUAACAUGCGUGACUUCUGACUAGUGUUACUUAGUGUUUUUCCAAGUGUAUUAAGAGGAUGUAGCCAUAAGAAGCAGACUCAAAUAUAUGCAACGUUCCCAAAGAUUACUGUGGGAGUAUCGCGGCCGGCUGCUGCCAUGGGAGGGUCGUGUAAUCUUAUUUAUUGGGUAUUUCAACUCCUCCCUAUUUCCCGGACAUUUGCACUGUUGUACAAUAUGGUCGCCCUUUCAUCUCCCUAUCAGAUCGUCUGAAUAUCGACUGCCACAAAGCCUGGCAUUCACGCCUGUCCGAUUGGUUGAAGUUGGCAUCUGUAGACUUUUCACUUUUAUUUUAAAUGAAGCUGCUUUUCAAUUUUGGUGCAUGGUGUAUCAUGAAUCACUGAUGGAGUCGCUGCAGAACUAGGAUGGUUACAGCACUUUGUACACCGAGAAUGUGUACGGGCAGCCCUUUGUACACCGAGAGUGUGUACGGCACUUAACGCUUAAUGCUCUUUUAAACUCUGCAGCUGAUCUCCACACCAUGGAGGCAUUUUGUGGUUUGAGCCCAGCAUCCAUUAGAUUGUAGCCUAUUGAUUCACUGGGGACCAGUCACACCAGUGUGUGCCUCAGCCGUGUCACCGGUUCCCAGCCAGACUAUAGGCUGUGGAUGUUGGGGUACCCCAGAGAAUGGCCAUCUCGCUCUGUGUAGAUAGAACGGGUCCACUUUCAGUUUGCGGAUUAACGGUUGACCUCAUCUAUUCUCAGUUUUGUGUUUUAAGCAUUUCUUGGUUUUUUUGGGUCUUUUUAAUCUCUAUACAGUUUAAGUACAGAAUGAUAUAUUCUAGGUGACUGCAACAUUUUAGCACUUCAUCCGGCCGAGAUGACGAAAUAUCUUUAAGAAGAUAACGUGGUUUUGUUUUUGUGUAACAGAAUAAAUAGUGUAAAAGGA